UUACUUAAAGAUCCUGAGUUGCUUCGAAAGCUUGCAUAUUGUAAUCCUUUUAGUUAGCCAAUAAAAGGUGUCAUUUUGCUUGACUUUUGACUAUACUGUGUUUCCAAAAAUGUGCUUGUGUGGCCAGGGUUUUGAUGGUUUCCCCGCUCUUUUUGGAGUGAAAUACACUGCACAAAGAUCACAAUGAAAAAUGUUCACUGUAACACGAUUUAAAGUGACCAUAAGACCUAUGAAUCAUGACAACGAUUUUUCAAUGUGCAACUUAAAAAUUACAGUUAAAAAUUGGGAGUCCCAGGCAGUGUUAACGCCAGCCCAGUAGAUGGCAGAAACAGUCCGCGAUGCCGUGGCAAAAAACGGCUGCAAAAAAAAAAACAAAAGACGUCUCGCGAGGCCUCCCCAAAAUCUCGUCACGGUAAAACUGCAGCUUCUGGAAAUUAAGAAGAAAAUAUUAACACUCCUGAACAUCUUCGCAGUAUACCCAAGUAGUGCAAAUGAGUUUGAGACGCCUUACUUUAUGAAACGUUGCUUAAGAUACUCCAUUGCAGUCUUCACCCUCAGUGUAAAAACCCUUCGCUUGCCUCCUGAAGCCCCGUUGCUUUCUGAGCUGGAAGAAUAGAUAGAAACAAUAACGAUCACAUUCCAAUGUGUACGCUGUUUGUGCACGUAAGUUAUUACACAACGCAAUGAAUUCUCAAGAUGAAGUCAAAGAAAAAACCUCUUCGACAGAGAAUGGGCAGAGCAGUGCCUCUGAAGUGAUUGCAUUUGUUGUUGGCGAAAAUGGGCAGCUUCUGUCAGUGCAAGAGGAGGCAGCAGCAGUUGAAAAGAAAGAUGAAAGUCAUACCCCAGAAGAAGAGUUAUAUAGCCCUGAAAACAAUUCUGGAGUUGCUUCAACAUGUGACAUCUGUGGCAAGUCAUAUAAGUAUCUGCGGAGUUUUGUGAAGCACAGAGAAGAGCAUUACACCCAAGGAGAUUUAUCUUCACAUGACCUCCAAGUGGAUAAGUUGAAAGCAAAACUCCCUCCAGGCCGAUUUAGAAAUCAUAGAUUGAGUCUAACACCAAAACCACGAUUUCAGAGCUCACCAACUCAGCAGUCUGGAAGAAAAAUAGGAGAGAAUGUGCAUCUUUAUACGUGCAGCAUCUGUGGCAAGUGCUACAAAUACAAGUCCAGUUUUCAGAAGCACAUGGAGGAGCAUAAACAUUUAGGGAUGUAUCCAGAGUUGCCUAUGGAGGACCUGGAAAGUCCAGAAGGUUCGGAGGUGCCAUCACAAACUAUUGAUUGCCUGGAUGAAUCAAAGGAGGAUGAUGAAAUUGCUGUGGAAAAAAAUAAUUUGAAUGUUUCAGACAUCUCCUUUUCAACUCCUGAAACACCUGAGGAGGAUGAGAAAAGUAUGAAGCCAGACAAGAUAAAGCCUUCAACUGAAAGUGAAGGUGACAGCGUCAAAGAUCUAAUUCCUUUGGAUGCAAUGACGGCAGAUCUUGAAGAAGAAACAGAGUCUGCCAGUACAUGUACUGCACCUGAUUCAGCUGGGUCACCGAGGUCACCAGUGCCACCAAGCGAUGGAGAUUCAGAGUUUACAGGCAUAUUUACUUGCAACAUACCUCUAUGUGCGAAAACGUUUCAAGUGAGAUCUGCAUUGCUGAUACACAAGAAAGAACAUAGAAUUACAGCAAAAAACAACACAAGAAAAUUGCUCCAGGCUCUAGAAGCUACAGAUCUGACUUGCCCAAUUUGUGGAGCGGUAUUCUUGCGUAAGGGGAAUCUGUCUGAUCACAUCCUUUAUGUUCAUGAGAAGUACCGGCCACAUUCUUGUAAACAUUGUGAUCGUCAGUUUGCCAGACCAUCAGAAGUGCUAAGACACGUCAAAAGAAGCCACCCAGAUAAAGUUGCUUCCCUAGAAGCAAGUGUAAUCAUAAAUGGAAAUUCCGAGGAAAGCCUGCUAUUCAGCAGUUUUUCUGAAAAGCCUGAGGCAGACUUAUGUAGUGCUGACUACGAGCAGUCAGAUACACCUGGAGACACAAACGAUGAACUGGUUAAUCGAAACUCGUCCAGUGAGAUGUUCAGCAAAGUACAAAAUUCAAAUCUGGAUGAGCGUCACAGUAAGCGCCGUCUAAGCACAUCACAUCACCGAGAGCCUGUAGCUGAGAUUCACGAGUCGGAGGAAUCUGAUUGCUUAUCGAUGAUACAGAUUAGCAACGUUACCUCCUUAGUGAUGUCACCUACUGAAUUCCUUUUAAUUCCAGAAAACAAAGGCACCGUGGUAAAGGAUGAAAAGGAUCACAGUUUAUCAGCUACACCGAAGCAUGGAAAUACAAAAAGGUUUACCUGCAAAAUAUGUGGCAAAGAACACAGAUAUUAUUCCAGUUUUUUAAAACACAAGCUCCUGCACACAGGAAGCAAAAGUACAUGUUUAAUUUGCAGAAGAAGCUUCUUGGAGCCACGCGCCCUCGAUGAGCACAUCAGACUUGUUCAUUCUCAGAGGUUUAAAUACAAGUGCACAUUGUGUGAAAUGAGCUUUAGCAAGCAUCUACCAUUUUCUAAACACAUUCUUAUGGCCCAUUGUGAUUUAAAGAAAAUGAAGUGUCAUAUAUGCAAAAAGAAGUAUAAAACAGCCCAUCAUUUACAAAGGCAUGUCAGAAAAAAUCAUAGCAAUGGACAGAAGAACUAAUUCCAUACUUGGUCCGUGACUGGUUCAUUCACAACUUGCUGAUGAGUUGAGCCAUCUUAAGAUCUGAUUUACUACAAGUCAGCAUUUCAACUGAGUUGUUUUUUUUUGGUCAAGUUUGUGAAUAAAUGGGACUGCAUUCAAACUUGCGUGGCCAUUCAGACCCUCUCAUGAUGUUAUCCUGGAGGGAGGUUUAGGUUUACUUUGGUUCAUUCUUUUGGUUCCAAAAAGCCUCACUAAUUGCAAACAAACGAAAGACUAAAUUGGGAUUCUGAAGGAGGAGGAUUUGGUUUCAAAGUUGUUACUCACUGGCUUGUGGGGGUCCACUCGACUUUUCUUUUUAACCUUCAAAUGUGGCCUUCUUAAUGAAUUAGUUGGGUCCCAUUUGCUGUUUAGACAUCACCUACACCAGGGGCAAAAUACAAAUUCCUUUCAAUUUAUUUGCCAGCUCAACAUGUGCCACAUUGUGCGAGUUUCAGAAGGGCCGUCUUAAUAAAAAGACAUACGGUUAUAUAUGGAAAUAUUCAGAACAGCAGUAGAUUUCCUCUAGUUUGCCUUUGCAACUAUAUGCACAUUUUCAGAAUCAAGCACGGUUUCCAUUUCCUGGUCAAUCUACACGUCCAUCCACGCCAAGGGUAAUGUGAUCUGGGUAGUGACGGAAACCGUGAGAAUUGAAAGUGCAAGAAAUUGAAAUGAGGGUCCCAGGCCCCCCACUCUUUAGGUCUGAAUGCAGGGUAGAAGUGCUGCUUCUCUGGACUGAGAGGAUCCCAUUGAGGUGGUUUGUCAGGCCCCUUCACUUUCUGUACACUUAACUGUGCGGUAGAUUUAAUUUGAAAUGGAUCAUUGAUAAUCACUCAAUAACCCAAUGUGA